CUCAAUACUGCUACACUACGUAUUUCCAUCUGAAAAACAUGACAUCCUCUAGCUUUCUCUUUAAACCAAAUGCCAUUUCACUAAGAUCUUCUUUUAUAAAGAAAGAGCAAAUUGUUCAGCAGCGACCGUGGGGUGCUUUACAAUAAUAUAGUUGUGCAUAUAUAUUAGAUUAGUUGGUACUGAAACUAAAUCUGGAUCUAAUCUAACAAAAUAUCUUACAAUGACGAUACAAAAAUUAGGACACUCAAAUUUAUCUUAGGGAAAAUAAAAAAUUUAAGAGGAAAGAACAAAUCUGUAAUGAUCUUCAGUAUAUCAUGAUAUGAAAUGUUUGUCAUAUCACCCAGCUCUUGUCUACUGUUUACUAUCGCCCCACGCCCCCCAGUAUUAAUACCUUUAGAGACUUACUAUUGUCCCUUUCAGUGCCAUCACUGUGGUUUUAUAUAUAGUAGCUGCAUCACUCCAAUAGAUCAAUAGACACCCUGCACGUCCCUCAGGAGCUGAACUGAUGCCUCAAAGGCGAGACGGUUGUGUCAUAAUGAUGUAACGGCACCAUAGGAGUCAUCACCAUGCGAGCAAGUUGACAUCAGAGUUAGAAACAAAUGAGGAUCUACGCACAGCCUCGGCAUAUGAGUUCAAUAACUCUCUUUGGCAAUGUGCGAAUAAUGGAGAGAUCACCUACUGACGCUGGAUGUGCAGAGACUGGCGUCAGCUUGCUCUAUUAAGCUUGACUGUCCUCCUGGUGCACAUGGGCUGUGCUGGGGUUAGUAGCUUGUUUUCAGACCUGAGAGCACAGGCACUUAUUCUUCUCUCCGUGUCUCUCCUGUGCCACUCUUUCAUUUAUCCUCAGUGAGAGCACAUCUCUACACAUUCAUCUGCCACUUCAGGCUCUAGUGUUAGUCUCACUCCUGGAUUACUCUUCUGUUUACCAUGAGCACAUGCCGGAGGAGCAAGCUGUUGGAGAACUAGAGCAGCAGCUGGUUUAUUUGAGAAUCAAACAAGAAAUCAGCUCCUAUGAUCCACUGAACCACUGCACCAUACAGUGAUGGAGGACUCAGUAGAAGUGCGGACUGAUGGGAACUCUCUGCUUAAAGCAGUGUAUCUGUGCCGUCUAAGACUGACACGUCUGCUGCUGGAAGGAGGAGCUUACAUCAAUGAGAGCAAUGAGAGAGGUGAAACUCCACUGAUGGUGGCCUGCAAAAGUCAUCAUUCUGAUGCCCAGAGUGUCCCAAAGCCCAAGAUCAUCAGGUAUCUUCUUGAAAAUGGUGCAGACCCCAACAUUCAGGACAAGUCUGGUAAGACCGCCUUAAUGCAUGCCUGCAUGGAGCGGGCAGGUGAAGAGGUGCUGUCGCUUCUCCUCUCCAGUGGAGCUGACCCUAGUUUGGAAGACCACACUGGUUCCUCAGCUCUGGUCUACGCAGUUAACGCUGGAGACAAAGAUGCACUGAGAGUACUACUGGAUGCCUGCAAGGCCAAGGGGAAAGAAGUUAUCAUCAUUACAACAGACAAACUACCCUCCGGAAGACAAAUGACCAAGCAGUAUCUGAACGUACCACCACCUCCAAAUCUCGAGGACCGCUUGCACUGUGCCCCUGCCUCAUGUAUGUGCCCCUCUGAAAUCAAACUCUGUACUCCGCAUAUCUCACCACCAACCAAUAACCGAUCUGAGAUCAAUCUGGGAUCCACUCAAACUCUUCCUAUAUCCAAGCCAGGAUCACCGACUCAAGUUUCAAGCCCUCUUCAAGCAGCAAGCGUAGCAAAGCUGCUGCAUCUACAGAGGCUACAUUCGGAGCCCUGGCUGAAGAUACCUUCAUCUCUGCUUCUUCAGCAAAGCAAGUCUUCAUCCUUGACCGAGGAGCUUCUAGAUAUCACCCCUGAGGAGGAGCUCUCCUUUGGGUACAAUGGUUGCCGACCUCCGAUGAAAGCAAUGGUAGCUCGGCACCAAAGCAUUGACAUCAAAGACACUACAGGUCUGCUAAGAGCGUUUGAGAUGACGUCCGAUGCUGAAAGAGAACGAAAAAACGAACAGAAAUGGCUCAGUAGAAAAAUGUCCUACGAUGGCGAGUUGCUACCACACUCCACCUCGCAUCAGAAUCUCAAGCAGGCAUCCAUCACAGACACGCUCCCUGUUGAACGGGAUCCAGACUGUCUUCCCAACCUGGCUAUUUCAAGUCUGCGUAACGUGUUUCGGCGCCGAAAUAUUGGAAUGGACCACUACAGUUCUGACUCUCAGUUGCCUCAGUUUGGGAGCCAACCCUCUGAAGACCUUGGGAAGACCGGAGGAGGAGGAACUGGGGGAGUGGAGAAACGCAAGCUUGUUAUCAGCCGUUCCUCAACUCUGUCUGGAUCCAGAGAAUCUCUGGAGAGUCUGGUCCAGAGGAGGAGCCCCGCGAUGCUGGAGCGGAGGGGAUCCGGAGCCCUUCUCCUAGAUCAUAUCUCACAAACGCGGCCUGGUUAUCUGCCGCCUCUUAAUCCUCACACACCUAUUCCAGACAUCAAAGCCAAUGCUGGUGUUGGAAGCAAGCCUGUGGUAGGAACUGCACCAAUAGUUGCCGGAUCAAGGCAUUUUGUGCCCUGUGCCCCGAACCAUCCCAGAGAUUACAAGAACAAGAAGAGUCUGCUAAGACGACACUCCAUGCAAACCGAGCAGAUCAAGCAGCUGGUCAAUUUUGAGGAAAUCUUUGGUCAGUAACUUUACAGAGAAUGGUUGAGUUAAACAGAGAUAUUUCAAGUUAUGUUGCUCUUCAGUAAAUCUGAACAAAAUCAUCUCGGCCAUCCUCUAAAAUGUAUUUCCAGACUGGGGAUUGGGAAUAUUUGUUCAGCCUUACUGCUGUUUACUGUCUUUACUCCGAGCAUUGAAUAAGAAUACUCGCACUUUGUUGCUGUCUCCUUUGUUUUCUUGCUCAAUCAGUCAUGAUAGAUAUUGGCAAACAAAUUUCUAUCCUUGAAGGAGGCUCAAAUCUUGCUAACCUUGAAGAAAGAUCGGCCUAAUCAAAGAUUUCCAACUUCACCAUUUGUGUGCUUCUCUAAGAUUUGUUUUUGGGACAGCUCAAUGACUACACUUGUGAUAAGGCUGAAUGAUUGGGCUUCUAAAAAAACUUUAUUUUUUAACUUUUAAUUAAGAUUCUGCUUUCUCUUUAAACCUGAUUUUUGUCUGCAAUGUCUAUUUAUGAAAGAGAAUUUAUUGUGACUGUGUAUUUAAGCACUGAUUGUAAAUAAAUGUAGCUUAAAAUGGUUCUCAUUUUCUUGCACACUUGUAUAUAGUCAUGUUGUAUAAUUUGUGUAUAUAUAUUUGCAUGUAGUGCCAUUAAACAUGUUAAGAACUGACUUUCAGCAAAAAUAAAUGACAGAAGCAAUGAAA